AUGGAAACGCCACUAGCAGCAAUCGCGCAGUUAGGAGCUGCUGCUGGUAUUCCCUUCCCGCCGCUACCGAUGCCACCAGUUGUUGGUCCGUUGAUCUGGCCACCACCACUUCCAGCUAACAUUGUACCCGCUCCUGCAACUUCCACGCAGAAUCAGGAUAUUGACUAUCGCACUGGUGCUCCGCCACUUCCGGUACCUCCUAUGCUGCCAGGAACUCCCAGUACCUCAUCGUCAGCAUCAGGUGAUGUGGAUCUCAGAAACCAGCAACCUUCGUCAUCGUCUUCGCAAACACAAAGUUGGCGGCCAGCAAACCCCUCCCCGGCAAGCGAAGUGCCGAUACACGAUCCUCGGAUGAGGCGAGGCGGAUCAAGGCCGAAUCUGAGCAGAAACAGUAACGAUGAGCGGCCGUCGGGAGGGGUUACGCUAGGGACACAAGUGCGUGAUCCACGAAGGAGGCCACAGCUUGGCGGUGCACAGACUGCCCUAAAGCAACAGGGCGCCGAUUAUGAUGGACGAUUCGAAGGUAGCCAAGCCCCCCAACGAGCAUGGAUGCCGAACAUCAGUGAAGUGAUAGAUGGUCGAAUGAGUAGUGUCGCGCGACUGAGUCCUAAGCGCCGUGAUUUCGGUGGUCCCAGUGGUGACUUCGACGAUCGUUUACCGCCACCGCAGCAGUACCUACCAUUUCAGCAACAGUUAGCCGGCGGUGGGCCAAUGCGACGUGCAGCAGGCGAUAGCCGAGGUCGAGCCAGAAGAACAGCCUACUAA